UGCUGGAGUUGGCAGGACUGGCUGUUUCAUUGUGAUAGAUGCCAUGUUGGAGAGAAUAAAGCAUGAAAAGACUGUAGAUAUUUAUGGCCACGUAACUCUAAUGAGAGCACAGAGGAAUUACAUGGUUCAAACUGAGGACCAAUACAUCUUUAUCCACGAUGCACUGCUGGAAGCAGUGACAUGUGGAAAUACCGAAGUGCCAGCCAGAAACCUGUAUGCUUAUAUCCAGAAGCUGACACAGAUUGAAACAGGCGAGAAUGUCACAGGAAUGGAACUGGAAUUUAAGCGUCUUGCUAGCUCUAAGGCUCACACUUCAAGAUUCAUCAGUGCCAACCUUCCGUGUAAUAAAUUCAAAAAUCGCCUUGUCAAUAUUAUGCCAUACGAGUCUACAAGGGUAUGCUUGCAGCCAAUCCGAGGAGUAGAAGGCUCUGAUUAUAUUAAUGCCAGUUUCAUUGAUGGAUACAGACAACAAAAAGCUUACAUAGCUACACAGGGUCCUUUAGCAGAAACAACCGAAGACUUCUGGAGAAUGCUCUGGGAGCAUAAUUCUACAAUUGUGGUCAUGCUCACUAAGCUACGAGAAAUGGGCAGAGAAAAAUGCCACCAGUACUGGCCUGCAGAGCGCUCAGCCAGAUAUCAGUAUUUUGUGGUAGAUCCAAUGGCAGAGUACAACAUGCCACAGUAUAUUCUGAGGGAAUUCAAGGUUACAGAUGCAAGGGAUGGCCAGUCCCGAACAGUGAGGCAGUUCCAGUUCACUGACUGGCCAGAGCAAGGAGUGCCAAAGUCUGGAGAAGGAUUUAUUGACUUCAUAGGCCAAGUGCAUAAAACAAAAGAGCAGUUUGGUCAGGAUGGACCAAUUUCUGUUCAUUGCAGUGCGGGUGUUGGAAGGACUGGAGUAUUCAUAACCCUGAGCAUUGUGUUAGAAAGAAUGAGAUAUGAAGGUGUUGUAGAUAUCUUCCAGACUGUCAAAAUGUUAAGGACGCAGCGGCCAGCCAUGGUACAGACAGAGGAUCAAUACCAGUUCUGCUAUCGAGCCGCACUGGAAUAUCUGGGCAGCUUUGAUCACUAUGCAACAUAAAAACCCAUCAUGGAUUUUUAUUGCAGGCCCUUUAAGAUCCAGAGAGCCGCUUCUGAGCCAUACAAUGUGCUUUAGAAGUACUUCUUAACUCUUAGCUAAGGAGCGAUUAUUGGGGAUAUAUAAAAUAAAAAA